UCGAGUCAGUCCGUCAGCAGCUGGAGUGAGUUCAGAACAGAAACCGCUGAGUGGAGGAGUCUGAGGAUUGAGACCACGCCGUAUUCACAGUGAGUCUGAUUUGUUCUUCAGAACUGCUCUGAUUGGGGAGAGCUGCAGCCCCCACGCUCAGCAGGAAACAUAGAUUGUAUGCAGAGCAGCAGGACAUGAAGCAGCUGCCUGCAGUCAGACCUCAGCUCUGUCUCUGUGAGUCUGGAUUCAGUCCAGCUCUGAUUUCACACUGAAGCUUCAUCGACGCUGGAACCCUCUGACCCCCCCUGCAGACAGACUGACGGACGGCCCAGUGGUCAGAGCGACACGAAAGGUCCGUGUGGGGUGAAGGCUCAAGGAUGCGGGACACCGGCACCACCUCUCCAGGAGCCCAAGCUCGGCCCCGGAGCCCCUUCAACAGGAUCAAGGUCUUCGUGCUCUGCCACAGUCUGCUGCAGCUGUCGCAGCUGCUGGUUUCAGGCUACAUGAAGAGCUCCAUCUCCACCAUUGAGAGGCGCUAUGGUCUGUCCAGCAAAAAGUCAGGGCUCCUGGCCUCUUUCAACGAGGUGGGAAACACAGUCCUCAUCGUCUUCGUCAGCUUCUUUGGGAGCCGCGUCCACCGACCUCGCUACAUUGGGGGAGGAGCUUUGCUGGCAUGCUUGGCCUCGCUGCUUAUAGCAUCACCACACUUCCUGAAUGACGUGUACAGCUACACAGACCACAUCCACGCAGCCCCAGGGGAAAAUAGCUCAGGCCUGUGUCAAGCUGCAGGCCCCCUGGCCAUCUCAUCCUCCAACCAGAUGUGCCAGUCUCAGGCCAACUCCUCGCAUUCGAUGGUGUACCCCAUGCUGCUUCUGGGCCAGCUACUGCUCGGCAUUGGUGCUGUCCCAAUCCAGCCCUUUGGCAUCUCCUACAUCGAUGACUUUGCCAGCAAGAAGAACUCUCCACUCUACCUCGCAAUUCUUCUGGCUGUGACCUCCAUCGGCCCGGCCUUUGGCUUUGUCACCGGAUCUUUUAUGCUCCGCUUCUACGUGGACUUUGACAAGCUGUCAGAAGAUCAAAUUGAGUUAACCCCUAAAGACCUGCGCUGGGUGGGGGCCUGGUGGCUCGGCUUCCUGGUGGCCUCCUGCCUCCUCUUCAUCACUGCAUUACCAUAUCUCUUCUUCCCCAGAGAAAUGGAGAAAGAGGACAGCGGCGAUGCAGAGCCUGAACCGGAGAAACAUGAACAGAAUCCGCAGCAGGAACAGUCCCUGCUUCAGUUCCUCAAAAGUUUUCCUCGUACCGCUCUGCGCACCCUAAAAAGUCCCGUCUACCUGCUGGUGGUUCUGGCUCAGGUGAACCUGGCGGCGCUACUGUCCGGCCUCGCCACCUUCAUGGCCAAGUUCAUCGAGAGACAGUUCAGCCAGACCGCGCCCUUCUCCUCCAUGAUGAUAGGAGGAGUGGGCAUCCCUCUGGCCGUUCUGGGCACCGUCCUGGGCGGAGUUGUGAUGCGAAGGCUCAGCCUGUCGGUUGUUGGGGCCAGCAGGUUGUGUUUGACUGUGAUCACCCUCUGCAUGUUCUCUGCGCUGCCGCUGCUGUUCCUCGGCUGCUCCACACAAAAGGUGGCCGGGAUCUUUCCCUCCAGCACAAGCCCGCAGUCCUGCAGCUCUGACUGCCAAUGUCCUUCAGCGGCGUUCGACCCGGUCUGUGGCUCUGACGGCGUGGAGUUCAGGUCUCCGUGCCAUGCCGGCUGCCUGUCUGUGGAGAUUGAUGGCAGCACCAAAGUCAGGAACUACACAGGCUGUCGGUGCAUCGGCGGUUCUGGCUACGCCCUUUCGGGGACCUGCGGCAGUGGAUGCUCCCACCUCCUGCUGCCCUUCGUGGUCCUGCUGGGCAUUACCAGCUUGAUCGUCGCUGUCUCACAGACGCCAUCCUUCAUGAUAAUCCUCAGGACGGUGCGAGCAGAGGACAAGUCCUUCGCCGUGGGGGUUCAGUACAUGCUAUUCAGAGUCCUGGCAUUCAUGCCUGGUCCGGUGAUCUACGGCAGCGUCAUUGACACCACCUGUAUCCUCUGGGGCAACAAGUGCGGCAAGCAGACGUCAUGUCACUACUACGACCUGGACCUCUUCAGACAGAGGUUCCUGGGUCUGCAGGUUGUCUUUGUCUGCGGCGCUCUGCUCUGCUUCCUCCUGAUUGUCAUCACCGUGCACAGAAAGGCCAAGUGUGAAAAAGCUCAGUCGGGGACGACCAAAGGCUACGAGAUGGUGGGGGAGAAGGAAAGCAAUGAUGUUGUUCCACCCAAAGAAAAAGAUCCAGCGUGAAGACGGCGGGCAGAGACGCACAGAGAACCAGCACAGAAAGAAGGACUAGAUGUUCUGGUGGAACACGACAGAGCAGAUUCUGAAGCUCAUACAAUGACUACUCUGAUCAACGUUAGAAAUCUUGGUCCAGUAUUAUUGACAUUUCAUUUCCUACCAAAGACCAUCACACCAGCUGCUCUGGGAUGAACUGCAGAACCUGGAGGGUCCAGGACACUCCCAGAGGUCUGGUUAAGGUCACAGUCUGCUCCAUGGGUUGUUUUUUUUUUUUUUUCUUAGCGCAGACAGAAGCAUCACU